GCCUCACGCUCCCCGACCUGCCCGAGCAGUUCUCCCCGCCCGACGUGGCGCCCCCCAUCCUGGUGAGGCUGGUGGAAGCCAUGGAGCAGACAGGGCUGGACGGCGACGCUCUCUGCAGGCCCGAGUUGCCGGCCGCCAGGACAGACUGGGCCCUGGGGGACGUGGACCAGUGGGACACCGCCGCCCUGUCCGACGGCAUCAAGGCCUUCCUGCGGGCCCUGCCUGCAGCCCUGCUGACCCCCGAGGCCGCGGCCGAGGCGCACCGGGCCCUGCGGGAGGCCGCGGGGCCCGUGGGGCCGGUGCUGGAGCCCCCGACGCUGCCGCUGCACCGCGCGCUCACGCUGCGCUUCCUGCUCCAGCACCUGGCGCGCGUGGCCGGAGGAGGUGAACGAGAAGCUGCGGGACACGCCCGACGGCACCUUCCUCGUGCGGGACGCGUCCAGCAAGAUCCAGGGCGAGUACACGCUGACGCUCAGGAAGGGCGGGAACAACAAGCUGAUCAAGGUCUUCCACCGCGACGGCCACUACGGCUUCUCGGAGCCGCUGACCUUCGGCUCCGUGGUGGACCUCAUCACGCACUACCGCCACGAGUCACUGGCCCAGUACAACGCCAAGCUGGACACGCGGCUGCUCUACCCCGUGUCCAAGCACCAGCAGGACCAGGUCGUCAAGGAGGACAGCGUGGAGGCCGUGGGCGCCCAGCUCAAGGUCUACCACCAGCAGUACCAGGACAAGAGCCGCGAGUACGACCAGCUGUACGAGGAGUACACGCGGACCUCACAGGAGCUGCAGAUGAAGCGCACAGCCAUCGAGGCGUUCAACGAGACCAUCAAGAUCUUCGAGGAGCAAGGCCAGACGCAGGAGAAGUGCAGCAAGGAGUACCUGGAGCGCUUCCGGCGGGAGGGCAACGAGAAGGAGAUGCAGAGGAUCCUGCUGAACUCGGAGCGGCUCAAGUCCCGCAUCGCCGAGAUCCACGAGAGCCGCGCCAAGCUGGAGCAGGACCUGCGGGCGCAGGCGUCGGACAACCGCGAGAUCGACAAGCGCAUGAACAGCCUGAAGCCCGACCUGCUGCGCCUGCGCAAGACGCGGGACCAGUACCUGCUGUGGCUCACCCAGAAAGGCGCCCGGCAGAAGAACAUCAACGAGUGGCUGGGGAUCAGAAAUGAGGCUGAGGACCAGUACGCGCUGAUGGAGGACGAGGACGACCUGCCGCACCACGAGGAGCGCACCUGGUACGUGGGCAAAAUCAACCGGACGCAGGCGGAAGAGAUGCUGAGCGGCCGGCGGGACGGGACGUUCCUCAUCCGGGAGAGCAGCCAGCGGGGCUGCUACGCCUGCUCCGUCGUGGUGGACGGGGACACCAAGCACUGCGUCAUCUACCGCACGGCCACCGGCUUCGGCUUCGCGGAGCCCUACAACCUGUACGGCUCGCUGAAGGAGCUGGUGCUCCAUUACCAGCAUGCAUCCCUCAUGCAGCACAACGACGCGCUGGCCGUCACCCUCGCCCACCCCGUGCGCGCCCCGGGCCCGGGGCCGCCGCCCACCGCGCGCUGACCCGGCCUCUGUCCUUCCGGCCUCAGGGCCCCUCCAGGCUGCAGCUGCGCCUGCCAUGUUUACAGAGGCCCCGGGCUGCGCGGCCCCAGCCUGGGCGCCCCGAUUUUUAAGCCAUAGAUCUGGGGUCAGGCCAGGAAGAAACUUCAUGCCCGGCUGCUUCCAAAAACCCUUCGCCCUGACAUUUGGAGCUGGGCUGGGCUGGGCCGUGCCGGGCCGGGCGGGACCCGCCCCGGGGACCCCGCUUCCCUUCUCCAUGCUGAACUGAAACCAGCGGUUCGCAGAAGUCCCCAGAGACCAGAAGGCAGCGAUGCCACAGCCGCCCCCACCGGGUGGCCUCAUGCGACACUGCCGGCGGGGCCGCCGGGAAGCAGCUUUUUGUUGUGUGUUCCUGUGACACCCCCUUUCUCCCCCGUUUUUGGGGCGCAAGCCCCGGGUUUCUACACUACACUUGGACUGGCGCGGGUUUGUACGGUACGCUGUCAUUGGCGCGGAUAUAAAACGGUGACAGGAGCGUGGUGACUCGGUGACUCGUGUCGUGCGGGCGAGGACCCUGCGGUGUCAGCUGUCCUCCCCUCCCUCUCACCGCAUCCCUGACCCCGGCCUCGGGUGGCAGAGGCAGGCGGUGGUGACAGGUCACCGUGCGCCCUGGGCGUGGAUGCGGGUGGCCGGUGUCCUGCUUGCACACUGAGCGGCUGUGCGACCUCCACACACCUGCCCUCUCUGGGCAGCCUCAGGGGCUCUGCAGUGACCACCGCUGCAAAAUGGCCUUGGACACCCUGGCCUCACGGGGACGUUUGGGACACUCGUGGCCAGUGCAGAGACGUUUCUCAAGCGC